GACCCCCUACGAUGAACUACCCUCCAGUUCCAUACCCACCCAUCGUACAGGGGCAAUGUGAGGGCUCUUUGGACAGUCCACCUCUAUCUCCAGGCUCUCUUGCUCGUCCAUACACUGUUGAUCCCUUCCAGCCGGUUGCCAGCCUCGUGUCCAUCACUUCCCAGGCAUCUUUGUUGCCUUCUUCGCAGCUCCAAAAUCAAACAGAGGCUCUCUGUAGUGGCCUCCUAACUGAUGAGACGCGUUUGACGCGUGCUAGAAACUCCGUGGCUGCACCUGAUAUUGGCAAAUCAAACGACCACGAGACAUCGCGAAGCGCCACGCCGCUCGAUCAACUCGGUUCUGGUUUCAUUCCUUUGGCUCCUCCUGCACACAUCCUAUCUUCUUCUGAUCUUGCUCUUGCUCGCAUUGACUCCGGAAGCCGUGAAAACACUCCUCCGAGUUCUGCUUCUUCGUCCCCUCGCACUCCAUUCCAAAAGGCUCGAAAUAUCAAUCAAGACCCAACCAUCUAUAACCCUGACCUGGACCUGCUGCCAAUUAAGCGCAUGCAUGAUGAGCAGGAAAAUGUGCCGACACUGGAAAAAAAGCAUGGCCUUGAUCUAGUGCCUGGAACACCCCCCGUGGAGAAGCGCCAGAAAGUUACUCUGCAUGCGAAAUCGAAAGUCUCGUCGACUCGCCUAACUCCUGCUGCUUAUUCUUACUCUCAGCAUAAGAAACUAUCUCAGCCAUUCCGCUCUCCCCUAGAUAGCUCGAAACUCCUACAGUGCAACCGAGACACCGAGUCUUCUACUACCAAAACCUCAAUCAAGUUUUCAAGUAUCUCGGCGUCUUCAUCUCCAGUAUCUCUCAGCUCAUCGCCAACAACUUCCAAAAAACCAAACGAUGCUAAUACAAAUCAUCCCUACUCCCGCACUCCAGUUGCCUCUAAAUCCUUAUCACAACCCUUCAGAUCACCGCUCCUUGCCCGACCCAGUGGAAAGGGGACUUCUAUUUCCGUGCUGAGCAAGUCUAGGGGCUCAGUCAAACGAAAGAUCCAAGCGUUAGAAAAGAAGAUAAAUAUAUUGCGCCAGGCGCGGAAGCUACGUCUUGCUGGAGUAACUGAGGAAGUUGAAGAAGGGAUGAAGAAGUGGAGAGAUGCUGCGCGGGAAGCCGCAGACGAACUUUGGAGGCUUACGCAAUCCGAUACGAUGGGUGGGAUGCUCAUGUCCCCGUCCGCCGGUGGCUUCGCGUCAAAUCGGAGCGAUGAAGAAGAGGAUGACAUUCUUCAAGAAUUUAAAGAAGGAUUCCAGAAAGGCUGGGGAUGGGCAAGUGAUUUACCCAAAGAGAGCGACAACGAACAAAGGGACAAUGAGGAAGCAGUAAAUGACCUGGAAAAUUGGGAGCCGCCUUCUCCGUAUUCUCUCAUCAGGGAUCUUGCAAAACGUGGAUCCAAGGCAGUGCACUCUGAUGGAUGGGAUCUCGGUGCCCCGUCCGCCAAGGCAUAUCCGUACCCCCCUACAGAAGAUGAGGAUACUGAAAAGGAAGGAGUGAGAUCACAAGGGUGGAAUAUUGGAAGCAUGUUAGUGUCUCUCGGAAUUAACCCAAAAGGGACUCUUGGGUGGAAUGACGAAGAGGAGGAUUUUGCAAAUGAUGAUCCGCAUUGAGAUCCGAUGCAGGCUAUAUCAUUUCUUGGGACUUCGUGCUAGAUUGUGUUUUCUGCUAUACUUGCCUAAUGCUGCCAAUUCGAAGUUGCUG